CAAUCGAUGUAUGAGUCAUGGGUUGCACCACUAGUAGUUACUGCCAACGUCCUCAUAGCCACACACACACUUCCAGCGUGCCCUGCGUCCCGUGUUUCGGGACACGUGGAGCCUCGCCUCGCUCAUAUAUGCCUGGCUCAACGCUGGACUCAACCAUUCAAUCCCGUUCUCCUCAUACCACCCACACCGGUGCACCUCUAGGUCUGCUUUUUGCUUCCUUUUCUCAUCAGCAAGUGUCAAGGUUACUUAUAUUUCCACCACUUUAGUUACUAGCCCAGCAAGAUGGGACUACUACUGUCUCGCAUACUGUCCUUGGUUCAGAGCAAGAAACCCUGCAGGAUUUUAAUGGUCGGUCUUGACGGCGCCGGGAAGACUACGAUUCUCUACAAACUGAAGCUUGGGGAAGUUGUAUCCACCAUCCCGACCAUUGGAUUCAAUGUGGAGACAGUGGAGUACAAGAACAUCUCGUUUACCGUAUGGGACGUGGGCGGCCAGGAAAAGCUGCGACCCCUGUGGCGGCACUACUUCACCAACACCUCCGCCCUUGUGUACGUGGUUGACUCCAAUGACCCCGCCAGGCUGUCCGAGGCGAAGGAAGAGCUCGACGUGAUGAUGCGUGACGAGGAGAUAGCCGGCUGUCCCCUGCUGGUGGUGGCCAACAAGCGGGACCUGCCUUGUGCCGCGCCCCUUGCCACCAUCAGAGACUCGCUUGGCCUCCACAGCCUUUCGAGGGACUGGCAUAUCCAGCCCACGUGUGCCCCUACCUCUGAUGGCAUUUAUGAGGGUUUGGAUUGGCUGGCUACAAAAUUAAGAUAAACCUGGGCUUGGAGUGUUAAGUUUUCAUAUUGAUGUUCGGAUUAGAGAAUAUUGAAUAUAUUGAAUACAUUCCAAAGCUAGUGUAUAUAAAAAAUGCUUAAACUAUAGCAGCAGCUUCGUCAAGUCAUUAUUUAUAGGCAGAGGUUCUCAACUUGGGUCGCCACCCCUCUAAGGUCGAUACUUCUGGGGGUCGCAAGAUUUCUAGAAUGUGAAAAUACAUCAGAGAACACAGUUUGAAUUUAUUAGACCCCAAUUUUUCUUUUAUAUAUGUUUUAAAGCAACCCCCACGUAACCUCCGAACUCACGUUAACCUAACACUAUAUUGGAAAUAAAUGGAUUUCCCUGCUGAGCAUUACAAAGCUGCAUACAUAUGAUAGUUUACUAACAAAUAUAAACUAUAAAAGAUAAAAACUUACUUGUUAAGUAACACAGUCGUGCAAUUUUAAAUACAAAAAACUAUACAUAUAAACAGUGUUAAUCAGUGUUGCUUUUAGUGAUCCUAAUAAAAAUCUGUGGUAC